AUGCAGUGGAGUCUGUGUCAGCUUUCUGCUUUGAUUCUGUCUACAUGCUUGCUGGCUUUAACAGCACAUCAGGCCACAGCUAUGGCACGUAGAGAGCUUGAGGCUUUACCUUCCCAGAGAAGAAGCAGCAGAGAUGUUAAUUCUCCAGCUCCUCUCAACUGUCAGCUGAGUCAGUGGUCAGAAUGGACAGAUUGCUUUCCUUGCCAAGAGAAAAAACAUCGGUUCUGGAGGCUGGUGCAGCCGGCGGAGCUGGGAGGGCAGCGAUGCACAGGCCACCUCUGGGAUGAGCAAGCUUGCCAGGCCCAGGUGGCCUGCACCAGACCCUCCAGCUGCGGGAAGGACUUUCAGUGUGAGGAAACAGGUCGCUGUAUCAAACGGCAUCUUGUGUGCAACGGAGAGCGAGACUGCAGAGACGGAUCUGAUGAGGAUAACUGUGAGGAUGAAGAUAUUGAAAGCCCUUGUGAACAUCUCUUCCCAAUCCCACGGUCUGAAAAAGAAGCCCAAGGAUACAAUAUCCUAACACAGGAAGGGAGCCAGUAUGUAUAUGAUCACACAUUUUUUGGAGGCCACUGUGAGUACGUGUACAACGGAGAGUGGCGGGAGCUGAGGUACGAUGCUGCGUGUGAACGGCUGUACUACGGAGAUGAUGAGAAGUAUUCCUGCAAACCUUACAACUUUCAUGUGUACCAGUUCCUAGCUCACGCUGAUUCUGGAUUUGCUUUUGAGUUUUAUGAUGAUUCAAAGGAUCUGCUUUAUGCCCUUAACAGUGAAAAAUCCAGAACAGAAGGCUUUACCAUUGGAAUUGGGCCUUUAGAUCCAGAAAUCCUGCUAGACCUGGGCUUCACUUUAUCAAAAGGCAAAGGAUCUCUGAAGAACUUCACACAAUACACUGCAAAGGAGGUUGGAUUCAUCAGAGGUGUGACAAAGGUGCAGACAGCCCGUUUCAAGAUGAGACAGGACAACAUUGUUUUGGAUGAAGAUGUGCUGCUCUCCUUGCAGGAGCUUCCAGAUACCUACAACUAUGGCAUGUAUGCCAAAUUCAUCAAUGACUACGGCACCCAUUUCAUGACAUCUGGCACUAUGGGAGGCAUCUUUGAGUACAUCUUUGUCAUUAACAAGGAGGAAAUGAGAAGAAGAGACAUCAGUGCUGAAGAGAUAAGUGCCUGUAUUGGCUGGUCAAUUGGUGUUACAGUCAGCAGGAUUAAACUGCAAGGAUCUGUGUCAUCCUCCAACUGUGCAAAGAAAGGAUUUCUGAAAACCGUCAACUUUUCAGAUGCUGACAGUAAGAGUGCCGUGGUGGAAGAUAUCAUUCCCCGGAUUAGAGGUGGAGACGCCAGUUACAGCGGAGGGCUCUUAAACAGUUGGGAUGGCAACAUGUAUCGUCACUGGGGGAGGUCAUUAAAAUAUAAUCCUGCCAUUAUUGAUUUUGAGCUGCAGCCCAUCCAUGAACUUCUCCGCAGAAGCAACCUCAGGGACAUGGAAACCAAACGGCAGCAUCUGAGACAGGCUCUGGAUGAUUACUUGUUGGAGUUCAAUGCCUGCCGCUGCAGGCCAUGUCAGAACAAUGGGGAACCCAUCUUGGUGGGAGACACGUGCUUCUGCGAGUGUCGGCCGGGUGAUGAAGGCGCUGCCUGCCAGCACACCAAGCGCCGAGGUGGUGAGACCAAGGGGCACUGGAGCUGCUGGUCCCCGUGGAGCCGGUGCCAGGCGGGCAGUAGGCAGCGCAGCCGGCAGUGCCACAGCCCAGCCCCACAGCGUGGCAGGCAGCCCUGCCUGGGGAGGGACGUGCAGAGCAGAGCCUGCUGA